UUUGUAGUGAAGAUGGCUAUGCUUCGAAUUAUCGUCUCAGUUAGUGUGUUGCUAGCAACUGUGUUAGGUAGUAGAGUGGAGCCCUCAAGAAGUUCCUACAUCGUCGAAGGGUAUGAUAUUGACAUCACCGAAGCACCUUAUCAGAUCUCUCUACAGGAGAUUGGUGUACACGUUUGUGGAGGAUCAAUAAUUUCCUCAACAUGGAUUCUAACUGCAGCGCAUUGUACAAUAGGGAAUGAAAUAGAAGAUAUAAAAGUGAGAGCUGGAUCCACCUACCAUGCGUCGGGUGGAGAAUUAAUAUCGAUCAGAGAGAUAAUUUUACAUCCAAAAUAUGACAACCGUACCGUCGAUUAUGACUUUUCCCUGCUGCAGUUAUCAUGGCCCAUCACUAUUGGGAAUAAUUCACAAGUGAUCCCUCUUCCGAAGAAAAAUGAACCUGUCUUUGAGAAUACGACUUGUAUGGUCUCUGGAUGGGGAGACAACAGAUCUGGCAUGAAGGCUGAUACCCUUCAAGCCGCUAUUGUUCAAGUGUACAACCAGAAGCAAUGCAACAUUGCAACAAAUCGAAUGAUAUGUGCUGGUUACCGUGUACGCAGAGGCGUCUGUUCAGGAGACUCUGGUGGACCCUUGGUUGCUAAAGGCAAGCUUGUCGGUGUUGUAUCGUGGAGCCUUGGCGUCUGCGGUGAUCCUAAAUAUCCAGACGUUUAUGGACGUGUGGCAGCCGUACGUGAUUGGAUUUAUGCGAUUGCUAAUGUGUAAUUAGAACCUUUAGCCGAUUAAUUGUUAAAUA